UAGUUGGCGUUUGGACUCUACCACCUUUCCCCACUUGUUUCCCCCAUAUAACACAGUACCACCUCCGCCUAGCUAGCUAACUUCUUCACCCCCACACGCUCUGACACUCCUCACACAGAGAGAAGUGCAGAGAGAUCAAGUUGUUAGACAACUUAAAGAGAGAGAGAGAGAGAGAGAGAUGAUGGACAUGGAGAUGGAGGUGGGCAUGGUGAUGAAGGUGCUGCUAGGCCUAUGCUGCGUGGGGGCGUGCUCCCUCGCGCUCUACCUCUACUACACCGUGUGGGUGGUGCCGCAGAGGCUUCUCGCGGGGUUCAGGAGGCAGGGCAUCGGCGGCCCGCGCCCGUCUUUCCCUUACGGCAACAUGGCCGACAUGAGGGAGGCGGUCGCCGCCGCAAAGUCGGCUCGCCGAUCCGGCGGCCGCAUGCGCAUCGUCCACGACUACCGCCCAGCCGUGUUGCCCUUCUACGAGAAAUGGAGAAAAGAGCAUGGUCCAGUGUUCACUUACUCGAUGGGGAACGUGGUGUUCCUUCACGUGAGCCGGCCAGACGUGGUCCGGGACAUCAACCUCUGCGUCUCGCUGGACCUCGGCAAGAGCUCCUACCUAAAGGCCACGCACGAGCCGCUGUUCGGCAGAGGCAUCCUCAAAUCCAACGGGGAGGCAUGGGCCCACCAGAGGAAGAUCAUUGCGCCUGAGUUCUUUCUCGACAAGGUCAAGGGAAUGGUGGAUCUGAUGGUAGAUUCCGCACAAACGCUGCUCGAGUCAUGGGAAGCGAGGGUCGACAAAAGUGGCGGCACUGUAGACAUCAAGAUUGACGACGACAUUCGAGCCUACUCCGCAGAUGUCAUCUCCAGGACAUGCUUCGGAAGCAGCUACGUCAAAGGAAAGAAAAUCUUCCUGAAGCUCAGAGAACUGCAGAAGGCCGUGUCCAAGCCAAAUGUGCUGGCUGAAAUGACCGGCCUACGGUUCUUUCCUACAAAGAAGAACAGGCAGGCGUGGGGGCUUCACAAACAAGUGCACAGACUGAUACUAGAGAUCGUCAAGGAAAGCGGAGAGGACAAGAAUUUACUGCGUGCCAUUCUUCACAGCGCAAGCAGCAGCAAGGUGGGGCUGGGCGAGGCAGAGAACUUUAUAGUGGACAACUGCAAGAGCAUAUAUUUUGCAGGAUACGAGAGCACAGCUGUAACAGCUGCCUGGUGUCUAAUGCUCCUUGGACUGCACCCAGAAUGGCAGGACCGGGUCCGGCAAGAGGUCCUGGAGGUCUGCGGGGGCCGUCCGCUAGACUCCCAAUCACUGCAGAAAAUGAAGAAUCUGACGAUGGUGAUUCAGGAAACUCUGAGGCUGUACCCAGCAGGCGCGUUUGUGUCAAGGAUGGCCCUUCAGGAACUGAAGCUGGGGGGCGUACACAUACCUAAAGGUGUCAACAUCUACAUCCCUGUCUCCACCAUGCACCUUGACCCCAAGCUGUGGGGUCCUGAUGCCAAGGAGUUCAACCCGGCACGCUUCUCCGACGCUCGACCCCAGCUGCACUCCUACUUGCCAUUUGGCGCCGGCGCUCGGACCUGCCUCGGCCAAGGGUUCGCCACGGCGGAGCUCAAGAUACUCAUAUCUCUCAUCAUCUCCAAGUUUGCGCUCAGGCUCUCGCCACUCUAUCAGCAUUCUCCAGCACUCAAACUCAUAGUCGAGCCAGAGUUCGGCGUCGACAUCACCUUAACCAAAGUGCAGACUGCUUCUACUACCACGUACUAAUUAAGAGAGGCAAUGUGGUCUGGAUAUAAUAAUGCAAAGAAAUUUGUACGUGGUUUAAUCAAUGAAUGCAGCUUUCUUGAGAAAAUGUACAGAUACACGUGUGGUUUGUUCAGGUAUGAUCGUUCUUGUGGGUUUAA